AUGAGGGCAAACUGGGAACCCGCCCCUCCGAGAACAGAGACUGCCACUGUGGCCCUCAGCGUGCCCGUGUUCCCCUGCGGAGGCCACCUGGUCACAGACUCCGGCAUCGUGGCCAGCGAAGGCUUCCCCAGCUACUACAAACCCAACAGCAAAUGCAUCUGGUACAUCACUGUCCCAGAGGGUCACGUGGUCAUGCUCUCCUUCCGUCUCUUCGACAUGGAGGCCGACCCCACCUGUCGCUACGACUACCUGGACGUCUACAACGGCCACUCCCGCCUGGUGCAGAAGCUGGGCCGCUUCUGCGGGACCUUCAGGCCCGGCGCGCUCAUCUCCACCUCCAACACCAUGAUGCUGGAGAUGGUGUCGGACGACGCCACGGGGGGGAGGGGCUUUCUGGCCUCCUUCAACGCCGGGAAGCCGCACAUGGAAGAGGACCAGUUCUGCGGAGGUCGCUUGACCAAACCUGACGGCUCUGUCAAGACGCCCAACUGGCCCAACUCCAAUUACCCAGCAGGUAUCAGCUGCUCCUGGCACAUCUCCGUAGAGCCCAGUAAUGUGAUUGAGCUGAAGUUCGACAAGAUGGAUCUGGAGCCCGACACCUACUGUCGCUAUGACUACGUGGCCUUGUUUAACGGCGGGGAGACCGACGACUCCAGGAGGAUUGGGAAAUUCUGUGGAGACAGACCCCCGGGGACCAUAGUGACCAACGGCAACGAACUCCUCGUCCAGUUUGUGUCUGAUCUGAGUGUGACUUCAGAUGGAUUCAUGGCCCACUACUCCAGCGUGCCCCGGGGGUCCCGCAGACCCACCGCCGGGGGAGACUUCAUCUACGGGCCUAAGACCACGUCCAUGCCACGCAUACCAACCAUCACGCCAAGGAAACCCGUCAAACCAACAUCUAAAACCAGUCCUAAACCGUCUCCCAAACCUGGGCCUAAACCAACCAAACCGCCCAAAGUGAUUCCAAAAACAACACCUAAGCCAACCAGUAAGCCCAGACCAGGUCUCCAGCCCAAACCGACCUCCAAACCGGUGAAAAAACCACCGGUGAGGACUCCGCUGGUAAAGAAACCCCCGCUGCGUAAACCUACCCCCAAACCCGCGGUCAAACCCACGCCCAAGCCCAAACCAGCCAAACCCACGCCCAAGCCCCCAGCGAGGAAACCCACCGUCAAACCAGGAACCAGGACGAAGGUGAUGAAGGUAAUGAAGCCUACGGUCAAACCCAGCCUGAGGACCAAGUCCACGCGCAAGCCCAUGGUGAUCAAGCCCACCAUGAGACCUCGAGUCAAACCUCUGAAGCCCACCCCGAAGACUGCAGCCAGACCCACCGCCAAACCCAAAGUCAAGCCCACGCCGUCCCCCAAACCGGCGGGACCCAGCAGGACGGCGACCAAAAAGCCCCCAGUCAGCAAGAAGCCUCUGCCUCUGAACCCGAUGUGCACGCAGCCCUGUAAGAGAACCGGAACGCUCCAGUCCAGCUUCUGCCCUCAUGACUUUGUGUUUACGGGUAGGAUAACAAAUCUGUCUGCUGGUCCAAUGGGUUCGGUGACGGUCGAUGUAUCCUUGAUCAAGACCUACAAGACAGGAAGCCUCAAAAUCGUGAAAACAGGACCCAUAAAGUCGGUCACGCUGGCCUCCGACUGCAAGAGAUGUCCCGGCCUGGUCAAAGGAAAAAACUACGUGCUGAUGGGAAAAGUCGACCCAGAGGGCAAAAGUCACCUGAGCCCCUCCAGCUUCACCCUCCUCUAUAAGCCCAUUCACGCCAAAGCAUUGGACAUCCUUUCCCGUAAAUCCUGCUGA